CGACAUUUAUCAUCCAAACACACCCUUGACUUUUGAGCUUGCUUUUGUGUUUUGAUUUCUUAGAAAUUUUCUUGCUCUUUCCUUCACUUUCUCCAGAAAACAAAAUGUCUUCAGGGUGCAAUUGCGGCUCUAGCUGCAGCUGCGGUGACAACUGCUCAUGCAGCAGGAACCUUAACCUAGGAUUCUCAGAGAAGCCGAUUAGUACCGACAUCAUCAUCUCCGGGGUUGCGCCAGUGAAGAUGAACUUCCAAGUGUCGGGGAUGAGCACUGAAUCAGGACACGGAUGCAAGUGUGGAUCAAACUGCACUUGCGAUCCAUGCAACUGUUAGC